AACUUAUUAAAUAGAAAAUUUAGAAACAAAAACUGGGAUGCCAGAAAUUCGGAAGGAUUUCUACCAGAAGGACAACCUCGUGUGUGUGUCUUUUUACGUGAAAAAUAUAAACGAGGAUCAGUCAACAAUUGAUAUUCAGGAUAGAAGUCUUGCUGUGAAACUCAGUAAUCCAGAUGGCCUUCACGAAGAAUCUUUCGAAUUAUUCACUGAAAUUGAAGCGGCUAGAUCAUCAUACAAAAUCCUGUCUUCAAAGCUAGAGUUGAAGCUCUAUGCCAAGAGUUAUUUAAAAUGGACCACAGUUCAGAAAUCAAAAGAUGGAACGACCCCGACACCUGCUGGAGCUGUAAUCGUUCCGACAAAUAACGGUGAUGUUUCUGCACAACACGCUCAAUUAAGCUACCCAACGUCCUCCAAAAAGAAAUCAGCCGAUUGGAAUAAACUUGAACAAGAUGUAAUAAAAGAAGAAAAAGAAGAGAAAAAGGAGGGCGACGAAGGACUGAACAGUUUGUUUCAAAACAUCUUCAAGGACGGGACUCCGGAACAGCAAAGGGCCAUGAUGAAGUCUUUUACCGAGUCUGGGGGGACUGUGUUGAGCACCAAUUGGGACGAGGUUGGAUCUAAGAAAGUGGAAGUGCAGCCCCCUGAUGGCAUGGAAUUCAAAAAAUGGGACAGUUAAUUGAGACGUCCGAUCUUCCAGAGAAACCAUUCGACGAAGUGUCCUGAUCGUGCAAAAUACUCUUUGAUUCAUCAUUGAAUCAGUGAUGUACAAAUUAUACUAAUUGCUGCUGCAAACAUGUAUUAUAUAAAUUCGUUUUUUUUUCCAAUACUGAUUGAACAUGAUCAUCUAUAUAAUAGCUUGUUGUUGAACAAACUAGCGUUGUUUUUUGAAU